CCCCCUACCACCAAUCUUCCCGAUGUCACGGAUUCAGUCGAUGUACAAAUACAGAAAUUUGCUGAUAAAGGACUUGAUAUUAAGGACGUUGUUAGUUUAGUUGGGGGUCACACCAUAGGGACAACAGCUUGCAGCUUUGUCAGAUACAGGCUUUACAAUGUCGAUUCAACUACCGGGGCUGACCCAUUGAUCGAUCCAUCGUUCGUUCAAACUUUACGUGAUCUAUGUCCAGAAGAUGGUGAUCCAACUAGGCGUAUCGCAUUCGAUACUGAUAGCGAAGAAAGAUUUGAUUCAAAUUUCUUUGAUAACUUGAGAAAUGGAAGAGGAGUUCUUGAAUCUGAUCAGAGAUUAUGGGCUGAUUCAGCGACUCAACAUGUGGUUCGGCGUUUUUCUGGUCCCUUUAGAGGUUUGAGCAGGUUGUUAUUCAACGUCGAAUUUAGCCACUCAAUGGGAAAGAUGAGUAAUGUGGGUGUGAAGGCUGGUUUGGAAGGUGAAAUUCGAACAGUUUGUUCAAAAGUUAAUUAAUUAGAUUGAUUUAUCAGUUUAACUAAUUCAGUUGAAUUGUGGAUAAUUUAUCUGCUUAUUAAUUUCUAGCAUUAGCUAUUUGGGGGUUUCAGAUUGUUUCCGGUUCAUUCAUUAAAUCACCAAAAAGUUCAAUGAUUGGAAGGAAUUUUUUUU